CCAUUUUGGCCCAAGGCAUCCCUGGCUCCAGUCCUCGGGCAUCCUCCCGGCCCCGCAGCCCACGCCGAGACCAUGGCCCGCGCUCGCAGCCCGCUCUCCGGCGCGCUCCUGGCGGCCGCCGCGCUCUGCCUCUGCGCGCAGCUCCUGGCCCCGGCCUUCGUGCAGCCCCGGGCGGCCCGGGCGCAGGAGGUCGACCCGGCCCUCGCGGGAGCCGUUGCGGGCCUCCUGGCGCUCCCCGGCGACGUGCUCGCGGAGGGCGGCAAGAUCCCCGGCGCGCCGCUCGCCGGCUCGCCGGUGUGCCUCUCGAAGCCCCUGGUGUGGCUCAUCUACCCGCUGUGCGACCUCGUCUUCCUCACCUCGCCCAGCUCGGGGAGCGUGCACGAUGGCACGAGCACGCAAGCACUCUCUCGGGGCCGCGCGGGUCUCUCGGACCGACGCCGGACACCCCCCUACCUGGCGCGCGUUGGGCGUUGCGUAAUGGGGGGGUCAUAA